GACUCUAGAAUCCAAGUUCUCGAGCGCCAAGGGAAACAAGCAGCAGGUCAAGCCCUUCACCAAGGCGAGCCUCGAUAGACUCGAGAGCAGACACGUGCAACUCGUACGGGACUAUGGCUUCCAGCCUAAGAGGAAGACCUCCGUCGAAGAUGGCGGUGUGCUGCCCAACAAGUUCGAGCCUUUUCCCUCGAAUCUUUACGGCCGGCCCCUCGAAGAAAUAGACAAUUUCAUUUACGACGAGACAUUUUGCGUAGUGUCAAAGAGGUUUCGAAAAAAUUAUAUUCAUCGUUUCACGGCAACUAAAAGUUGGUUCAUCUUCUCACCGUGGAAUCCAAUAAGACGCCGUUGCAUCUUCAUUAGUACGAAUCAGUACUUCGAUUACGUCGUCAUGGCAACCAUAAUACUAAAUUGCGCCUUCUUAGCAAUGACUGAGACUGUUGAAGAAGCUGAAUAUAUCUUUCUAGCCAUUUAUACGGCAGAAAUGGUGAUAAAGUCCACAGCGAAAGGAUUCAUUCUGAAUAAAUACACAUAUUUAAGAAAUCCUUGGAAUUGGCUGGAUUUCGUUGUAAUUACUAGUGGAUACGCAACCAUUGGCAUGGAGGUUGGAAAUCUUGCUGGUCUCAGAACAUUUAGGGUACUAAGAGCCCUUAAGACUGUCUCAAUUUUACCAGGAUUAAAGACUAUCAUCAACGCUUUGCUGCACAGUUUCAAACAACUCGCCGAGGUAAUGACACUCACGAUCUUUUGCCUGAUGGUCUUUGCACUUUUCGCCCUGCAAGUUUAUAUGGGCGAGCUCAGAAAUAAGUGCGUCAAGCACAUGGAGCCCAAUGCCACUCCCGUCGAUUGGAGAGAGUGGACUUGGAACUCUUCCAACUGGGCCUUCAACGACGAUGAGGAGCCUAUCAUCUGCGGAAACGUCACUGGAGCCAGGCAUUGCAACGAGAGCUACACGUGCCUAUGUGUGGGCCCGAAUCCAAACCACGGCUACACCAACUUUGACAACUUUUUGUGGUCGAUGCUCACCACCUUUCAACUCAUUACCCUCGAUUACUGGGAGGACGUGUACAACAAGGUUUUAUCGGCUUGCGGACCAAUAAGCGUCACAUUCUUUACUGUGGUCGUAUUCUUUGGCUCUUUUUACCUCAUUAACCUGAUGCUUGCUGUCGUGGCGUUAAGCUACGAGGAAGAAGCAGAGAUCACAAAUGAGGAACGUAGGAAAGAUCUGACCGAUCAUCGAGAGGACUCGACGUUCAGUUUCGACCCAAGCAAGAUCAACAUAAAAACCCUCACGAAGGAGAAGCAGAAGAAAAUAGACGCGCGGAAAGGGGUGUUAUUGAGUAGCUACUCGAGAAAGAGGACGAGACGAAGAAAACGAGGACGGAGCAGCGUUGGACAGGAGAAGAAUGGCGGCAAUCGCAGCAGGUCUGUGACGCCCAGUCCUAGCCCCAGCCCUCGGCACUCAAAUGUUCGACCAUCCCAUUUGCCACUUCAUCGUGAUCAUCAUCAUCAACAGCAGCACAAUAUGCUUCAUAGGCUCGUGCCCCGAAACAUGCUGCAGUCGCGUCAGGCGAGCAAUAACAGCAAUCAACAAUCGUCCAUGGACGACUCGGGCGUCGUCGACGAUCACGACGGCGACGACGUAACCUCGGCCGAAGAGCAUGAACGUCGCGAUCAGCAACAUCCCUAUCGAGAUCAGCGCCAGCAUACGAGCAAACGCAAGGAUCCUCAACAGUCGCAGUAUCAGAAUCAACCGGCUGGGACUCAGGAGUAUUCGGCACCAGCACCCGUCACCAUUUCCGUAAGAACGAGCAAUCGCGAGAUAAGGGUGCUCAAGUGCAACGGUAUUAAAAAUAAAAAGCACUUGUAUUCUCUGCCGCCGGAGUAUCUCUCGCACAUCGUCGUUAUAGACGAUCUGCCAGAUCGAAAUUGCGAUAAAUGUAUUCAAUGCUGCGUGGAUUACGAAAGAUGGCUACGUUUCCAAAAUUGUUUAUAUAAGGUGGUAAAAGAUCCUCUCUUUGAAUUAACCAUCACCUUGUGUAUCGUUUUAAACACGGGCUUCCUCGCCAUGGAACAUCAUGGUAUGAGCGAGUCGAUCCGGCAAGCUCUCAACAUCGGCAACAAAGUCUUUACGAGCAUUUUCACGUUCGAGUGCUUUCUCAAACUUAUGGCCCUCAGCAAGGACUUCUUCAACAACGGAUGGAAUAAUUUCGAUCUCAUUAUCGUGUCCGCCUCGCUCAUCGAUCUCACCUUCGAACUCGUCGACGGCCUAUCCGUCAUACGUGGUUUGCGCCUCCUACGUGUGCUCAAACUUGCCCAAUCCUGGACGACGAUGAAGGUCCUACUAAGCAUAAUCAUUUCGACGAUCGGGGCCCUCGGUAAUCUGACCCUAGUUCUAGUUAUCGUCAUCUACAUCUUCGCCGUAAUUGGAAUGCAGCUAUUCAGCAAUGACUACACGCUGGAUAAGUUUGAGCCUGAUCCGGUACCACGCUGGAAUUUCAAUGAUUUUUUUCACUCGUUCAUGAUGAUAUUUCGCAUUCUGUGCGGCGAGUGGAUCGAGCCUCUCUGGGACUGCAUGCGAGCCGAGCGAGACGAAGGUCCCGAGACCUGCUUCGCCAUAUUCCUGCCCGCUCUUGUAAUGGGAAAUUUUAUGGUUCUCAACCUUUUCUUGGCAUUGCUGCUCAACAGCUUCAAUUCCGAGGAACUUAAGCAGAAGAAGGAGGAGGUGGGCGAGGAGUCAAAAUUAGCCAGAUCUUUCGAUCGCAUAAGGUCCAUCGUUCGCAAGAAGAAGUAUAAGAAGGGAGAGUCGGAGAAUGAGAAGAAUACCAAGCUUGAGCAAAUUGUUCGGGAAGUAAUUGACAAAUCAGAGAAAGACAAAUAUGCUAUUCAAGAGACCGUACUCACGCUGCCAAAAGAUAGCAUCUUCAACCGAUCUUACCAGGAGAGCCUUAACCAGCCGGUAUUCACUUACGAGCCAAUUUAUCGACCGGCUCUACCACUUUACACGAACGAUAAGCGAGAGAGCCUGAGAGAGCCCGUAAAGAUUAAGGAGGACAAGGGGGAGGCGAAUGAUACGGAGAGAAUCGAAAUGAAGGUGUUUAAGGACGCGGCUGGUAAAGCUGAGGAGGCAGCGGGGAUGGUUUUGCAAGAGAAAGCGCCUAUGAAAAAGGAAGAGAAAAUUGAAAAAAGACCGUGGCACGCACUUGUCAGUUACGUAGACGAAUUGACCAUCGGCGGCAGAAAAGACAGUCAUGGUAAUUACAUGGACGGCAUGGAGUCCUUUCCUGGCUUUGGCAGAAGUAAGCCACCAAAAGUACCACAAGACUGCUUUCCUCAGCACUGUUAUGAAAAAUGCACGUGCAUAAACAAGUGCCUGGAGACGGAUCUUGGUAUAAAGUGGAUUAAAGUUCGGACUGCCGUGCUCUCGGUCGUCGAUACACCGGCAUUCGAGUGGAUGAUCCUUGUGCUGAUAUUUGCCUCCUCCAUUACACUAUGCUUCGAGGAUAUCUAUUUGGACGACAAUCCCUUUCUAAAGAAGAUUCUGUACUGGACCAAUCUUGGAUUUUGUAUGCUCUUCAGUGUGGAAAUGCUGCUAAAGUGGCUGGCGCUUGGCUACUGUAAAUACUUCACCAGUUUCUGGACAAUCUUGGACUUUAUAAUCGUUUUCGUAUCUAUGUUUAGUCUCUUAAUAGAAGAAAAUGAAAACCUUAAAGUGCUUCGCUCUCUGAGAACCCUCAGAGCACUGAGGCCGCUAAGAGCGAUUUCACGCUGGCAAGGCAUGAGGAUCGUAGUGAACGCGUUGAUGUACGCAAUUCCUAGUAUUUUCAAUGUGCUCCUCGUCUGUCUCGUGUUCUGGCUCAUCUUCUCAAUAAUGGGCGUUCAAUUUUUUGGUGGGAAAUUUUUUAAAUGUCUUGACGAGCAUGGCAUAUUAUUGGAUAUAUCCGUGGUUAACACGAAGGAAGAUUGCUUUAAACUGAAUUACACCUGGGAGAACAGCAAAAUCACGUUCGAUCACGUAGGGAUCGCCUACUUAGCUCUCUUUCAAGUCGCGACCUUCGAGGGUUGGAUGGAAGUGAUGGAGGACGCGGUCGAUGCAAGGGGCGUGGAUCUGCAACCCCAGCGGGAGGCCAAUCUAUACGCCUACAUCUACUUUGUGAUAUUCAUCGUCUGUGGCUCCUUCUUCACAUUGAAUCUUUUCAUUGGAGUUAUCAUCGACAAUUUCAAUAUGCUUAAAAAAAAAUACGAGGGUGGCGUGCUAGAAAUGUUUCUGACCGAGAGCCAGAAACACUACUACACUGCCAUGAAGAAGCUCGGCCGUAAAAAGCCGCAAAAGGUGAUAAAACGUCCAAUGAACCAGAUUCUUGCCAUGUUCUAUGACCUGUCAAAUUCCAGGAGGUUUGAAAUAGCAAUCUUCGUGUUGAUAUUCCUUAACAUGCUGACAAUGGGCAUAGAGCAUUACAAUCAGCCACAUCCAAUCUUCUUCGUGUUAGAAGUGUCAAAUGCUUUCUUCACGACCGUCUUUGGUCUCGAGGCAAUCGUUAAGAUAAUUGGUUUGCGCUAUCAUUAUUUCACCGUACCCUGGAAUCUUUUCGACUUCCUACUGGUGCUCGCCUCGAUUCUGGGGAUUCUCAUGGAGGACAUCAUGAUUGACUUCCCGGUGUCACCCACACUGCUGCGCGUCGUGAGAGUCUUCAGGAUUGGUAGGAUACUGCGGCUCAUCAAGGCCGCCAAAGGCAUCAGGAAGCUGCUCUUCGCCCUUGUCGUUAGUCUACCGGCACUCUUCAACAUCGGGGCACUCCUCGCCCUCAUCACCUUCAUCUACGCGAUCAUCGGUAUGUCCGUCUUCGGUCACGUGCGCAAGCAAGGCGCCCUCGACGAUAUGGUGAAUUUCGAGACCUUCGGUCGGAGUAUGCAGCUAUUAUUUCGAUUAAUGACAUCCGCCGGAUGGAACGAUGUACUUGAAUCGCUAAUGGUUCAGCCGCCGGAUUGCGACCCGACACCCACUAGCCGAAAGUUGAACGGAGACUGCGGCUACCCUCUCCUGGCAAUCACUUACUUUACGUCUUUCAUCAUCAUUAGCUACAUGAUAGUUAUAAAUAUGUAUAUCGCCAUUAUUCUCGAAAAUUUCAAUCAAGCGCACCAAGAAGAAGAAAUUGGCAUUGUAGAGGAUGACUUGGAAAUGUUUUACAUUCGGUGGUCAAAGUACGAUCCACACGCGACGCAAUUUAUAAGAUUCUCCCAGUUGAGCGACUUCAUUGCCAGCCUUGACCCACCGCUAGGAAUAUCAAAGCCCAAUGUCGUUGCGUUGGUCAGCUUUAAUCUUCCUAUCGCGAAGGGCAACAAGAUCCACUGCCUCGAUAUCUUGCACGCUUUGGUAAAGCACGUUUUGGGCCACGUUGAGGAGUCCGACGACUUUAAGAAGCUGCAAGAGCAAAUGGACGUCAAGUUUAAAAAGCAGUUCCCUACGCGAAAGGAGCUGGAAAUUGUGUCUUCCACGAGAAUCUGGAAGCGCCAAGACAAGGCAGCGAGACUCAUUCAGCGCACAUUCCGCGAAUUCGUAACGAACAAGAGGGAGCGCGAGCGCAUCGCUCAGGAAGUUGACUCGCAGACGCAGACUUCGAGUCCCGGUGGCGUGGGUAGCGACGGUAGGGGCGGUGGCUGGGGUGGCAAACUGUCGGCUCUACUACACGUGCACAGGGGUAGCAGAGCCAGCAGUCGCAAGUCCUCACGGGCCAGCGACGCCAGCGACACCAGCGACCUGGGAACGGCCUCUGCCCUCUUCUUCCAGAACUUUCCACUGCUGAUGCUCUCCGGCGCCACCGGCACCCACGAGGACCUGCAGCCCCCCGCCCUCACCGUCUCCCGUCCCUCGCCGACCGCCGAGCAUCCCUCCGCUGCCUCCAGCUCCGGCUCCGAAUCGCACACCACCGCCAGGUCAUUCGGGCCGACGCUGGGCCGCCAGGACGCCGUUGAGACGGACGAGGAGGCGCGCUCACCGCCUCAGCAGCAUAAACGACACUCGCUACGCCCGAGUGGUACCGCCCUCUCACUCAACAUGCUGCAGCGUGACAUCAAGGAGGCAUUCAGUCGUCGCUGCAGCAGCCUUCGCCGUCGGCCCGCAUCCCAGGUCCCAACGCUACCGCAGGCCCAACAGCUGGCCGACGGCCGCGACGUCAGCAUCCUCGUGACGGAGGCUAGCCCGGAAAGCGCGGCGCCAACCGGGGCUCGACCCCCCCUGCUACGCCAGCAAUCCGAGGCGACGGUUGUCCAUGUGCUCGUGCAUCGCGAGAGUGAGGAAUACAGAGAGAGUCGCGAGGCUCUCGACGAGGAGGGGGACAGCUGAUGUAGCCCCGGGCCUCGACGCGAUGCUGCUCAUCCUCCCACGUAAGAGACCGAUCGUUCCUGCCGAAGUUUUCCGGCCUUCGCUACGUCGAUGACAAUAGCACAGCCAUCGGCUUCUUCUCC